AUGGAGGAAGAUGAGAGAGAUAGGACUCCAUGUGAUUUGAAAGUAAGAGUUGAGAGAAAUGUGAGGGAUUUUGUAGACGAAGAUGUUGAUUUGUUUGCUACACCUGUCGGCUCAGAUGAUGAAGAUGAUAAUGAAGGAGAUGGCUACUUGACAUACAAGAAAGGCAGUGGUGAGCUUCGGUUAAGACAAGCCUUUGAUAGUUUACAUGCUUUCAAGCAGGCGAUGGUAGAUUAUGUGUUAAAAUAUGGUUGGAAUGUGAAGUAUAUCCGCUGGGAUAAAGACAAAUCUGAACUCAAAUGUGCUAGUGAAGCAGAAGAAGGAGAGGAAGCUUGUAUGUGGAGGAUAUACUGCUCCUAUGAAGCACCAUUGCAAAAAUGGAUGGUUAAAGUGUCAAAUGAGGACUCAACGGUUGAGCUCGAGACACUCUACGGAGAUGAUGAUGAAGAUGUUUUCUAUAGAUUUUAUGUCUGUUUUUCUGCAUUGAAAAAGACUUGGUGCGCCCACUGCCGACCUAUAUUUGGUCUUGAUGCAUGCUUCCUCAAGUGCACAACAAAGGGUCAGUUGUUAGCAGCAGUUGGCAGAGAUGCAAAAAACCAGAUGUUUCCUAUAGCUUGGGCUGUUGUUGAGGUGGAGAGUGAAGACAAUUGGGUCUGGUUCAUUGAGAAGUUGCAGGUAGAUUUAAAUCUUCAUGAUGGUGAAGGCUUCACAGUCAUAUCAGAUAGACAAAAGGGCCUACUUAAUGCCGUUUCAAAUCUCUUGCCAAUGGUUGAGCACAGGAUGUGUGCAAGACACAUUUACGCUAACUUAAAGAAGAACCAUCCACAUAGGACUGACAUGAAAGGAAAAUUUUGGAAGGUCGCUAAGAGCUACAACAUUGCACAAUACAACAAGAGGCUGGAUCAGGUGAAGGCAUAUAACAUGAGUGUAUAUGAUUCAAUGAUGAUGAAGAAUCCCAAAAACUGCAGCCUCGCCUUCUUUACUACUUCCUCUAUGUGUGACGACGUAAGCAACAACAUAUCUGAGUCUUUUAAUCAUGCAGUUGACCCUGCUAGAGCAAUGCCACUAGUGGAAAUGCUGGAAACAAUUCGCAGUAGAGCUAUGUUGCGCAUUGAGGCAAGGAAGUUGAUAUCAAAGAGUCAUAGAGGAAAGUUCAGUAUUAAAGCAAUGGAAAAACGCAAGCAAGAAGAUUAUAUGGCUGACUGUUACCUCACCUCGACAUGGAGAAAGCAAUAUGAAACACCCAUUGAAGCUGUCUGUGGGAUAACUUUUUGGGAAAAAUCAGAAGAUGCAAGGAUUAUUCCACCACCAACAGCACCUGAACAAUCAAGAGGACGGAGGAAGAUUCCUAAGCGGAUAAAAGGGAGGAACGAAUCUCCUAGCAAGAAGAAGACUAAGGAUAGGAAUGAGUCACCUUCAAAGGUUUCAAGGGAGAGAAGGAUCAUUCAUUGUGGUAGAUGUGGAGAAGGUGGACAUAACUCAAGGAAGUGUGCAAAUGUUGGAGUUCCAAUUCAAAGACCCCCCAAAAAGAAGAAUGUAACACAAGGUGAAGGAUCAAGUCAACAACCACAAAGUCUAGUGUUCGAAUAA